AUGCCUCCAAUAACAAACCCAAUCCUCCCAGGCUUCAAUGCCGACCCCUCCAUUCUGCGGGUGGGAGACGACUACUACAUCGCCACCUCAACAUUUGAAUGGUUCCCGGGCGUCCAGAUCCACCACUCCACGGACCUGGCGAACUGGGACCUUGUCACCCGGCCUCUGAACAGGAAAUCUCAGCUUGAUAUGCGAGGUAACCCUGACAGUUGUGGUAUUUGGGCUCCAUGCCUCACGCACGAUGGAGAGAAGUACUGGCUCGUGUACACAGACGUCAAACGCAAGGACGGCUCUUUCAAGGACACGCACAACUACAUCGUCUCCGCGGAUAAGAUUGAGGGACCUUGGAGUGACCCUUGGUAUGUCAACAGCUCUGGUUUCGAUCCAUCUCUAUUCCAUGAUGCGGAUACGGGAAAGAAAUGGUUUGUCAACAUGCUUUGGGAUCAUCGUCGUCGGCCACGAGCAUUUGCUGGUAUCAGAUUGCAGGAAUGGGAUGCUAAAGCUGGAAAGCUCAUUGGUGAACGAAAGACAAUCUUCUAUGGUUCCGAGCUAGAUUUAGUUGAGGGCCCACAUCUUUACAAGCGGAAUGGGUACUACUAUCUUCUGACCGCCGAGGGAGGCACAGGCUACACACAUGCAUGCACCCUGGCCCGAUCGAAGGGGAUCUGGGGACCCUAUGAGAUACAUCCCGAGACGCACAUCUUGACAGCCAAAGACGAUAUUCACGCCGCUAUUCAACGAUCCGGCCACGGCGACAUCGUCGAUACUCCAGACGGCAAAACUUACCUCGUCCACCUCAUGGGCCGUCCGACGACACAACUGCGACGUUGUGUCCUUGGGCGUGAAUGCGGCAUCCAAGAGUGUUACUGGAAAGACGACUGGCUGUACGUCAAGAAUGGUCCCGUGCCCUCCCUGCAUGUCGAAGUUCCUGGAACGAAGGACGAGGAGAAGUACUGGGCCGAGCAGAAAUACACGUUUGACAAACAGCUCCACAAAGACUUUCAAUGGCUUCGCACACCAGAACCCGAACGCAUCUUCUCCAUCAACGACAGCCAACUCACCCUCUACGGCCGCGAAAGCAUAGGCUCCUGGUUUGAACAAGCACUCGUCGCCCGUCGCCAAACACAUUUCUCCUAUGAUGCCGAGACCGUAGUCGACUUUAACCCAGAAGAUGAACGACAUUUCGCCGGUCUCACGGCGUAUUACUGCCGCUUUAACUUCUUCUACCUCACCGUCUCCGGGACUGAAGACGGCAAGAGAGAACUCCUGCUCCUCACAUCCGAAGUCUCUUUCCCACACGGUGAUUUGGAGCAACCACUCGCAGCUCCGGUGCGGCUGCCAGAUAAGGGGAAGGUGAAGCUUGCUCUUACUAUUCGUGGGGCCAAGCUACAAUUCUUCUAUGCCGUUGUGGGCGAAGCCCAGGAGGAGCUAAAGAAGAUCGGCCCGGUGUAUGAUGCUUCUAUCCUCUGUGAUGAGUGUGGUGGGCACAGGAAUGAGGGCUCGUUCACUGGUGCGUUCGUGGGUAUGGCAGCUUCGGAUCUUAAUGGUACCGCGCCCGUGAAGGAGGCGAAGUUUGAUUACUUUCUUUACAGGCCGCAGAAGCAUGUGACGGAUAGGUAUGAGGUGAAGGGACAAUAA